AUGGUCAACGGAACAGCAUGGGCAGGGGCUGUCGAGACCGUGAAAUACGGCGUGUACCUCGGCAUGUGGACAAACUGGUCCCGUGGGCGAGUCCUGGGAGCGACUCUUACCCUGUCCCGGGAGGACGGAAACUAUGUUCUCGCGUUCACAGCCUUCUUCAUAGGACUAGUAUCGACGCGUUUCUGGCGUAUCCUUUGUUUUAUUCUGCACAACUCAUUCUCGACAUCAGCACCUCGCGACGCCCUCUAUCAUCAACAACAAGCCAUACUCCGCAAUUCCGACUCGGCCGACGCAGGCCUCUUGGUAUUCUCUCAUCUCGCCUGGGCGUGGCGCAAGACCGCGAAACGGGCAUGUCUCCGUGCGUUACCUGUCAUCGCAACGGCGGCCUUGUCUACAGUCGCCUUUACGAUUGCCGGAGGUUUCUCUUCAUCCAUAUCCACGGGCGUCGGCAACGAUGUUCUUCUGGAUGGCUCUAACUGCGCCUUGGUUGAUACUGGAUAUCCUGACAUCGGGGCUGCGAGUGUCAUACAACAAUACGUAUCACGACGGUCAAAUAGUGCCGCAAAUUAUGCCCAGCAGUGCUACUCCACCAACACGUCCGGCAUUCUGAAUUGUGGAACGUUUGUCAAGGCCAGGAUCCCCAGCUCUGUCGACAACCAGACGGCCUGUCCAUUUGCCGAAGGCCUGUGUCAAAGUGAUGCGAAUAUGCGCCUUGAUACUGGAUACAUUGACAGUCACGAACACCUCGGAUUGAAUGCCCCCCCCCCCGACUGUUGGAAUAUUCUAGAUAUCUAG